AUGCAGAAGAAGGGAGGAAAGGAAAAACAGAAGUCCUUACGACAAGAUCACCAAGGUGGAGAAAAGUCAUCGAAAGCAAUCCAUGACGUCCCUUUUGAUCUAACGGUCGAGAUACUCUCGAGACUUCCGGUGAAAACACUUGCGAGGUUUCGAUGUGUGUCGAAGCUAUGGUCAUCUAGUAUCAUUACCGAGUCGAUCAAAACUAGGUAUUUGACUCAGCCACGUCAGCUCGUCAUUUUCUACAACUCUUCAUGUAUGUCCUCGUGUACUUAUCCUCUUAACACUAACACAAGAUUCGUAGUCGCGGACAUAGGUAGUAGGUGUACACUAUUACAAUACAGAUACAAUCGCAGCUAUGGAUAUGUCCGAGGCUUAAUCUGUUAUUACUCAAACUCUAAGCAGUUUGCGAUAUACAACCCUACCACGCGACAAAACGUUUUGUUGCCGCGCAUAGUCGUAUACCAUAAAGAAAACAAAGCCUUUGAUGGAUUCUCUAGGUAUGAUCCAGUUGAGAAAGCAUACAUAGUAGAGAGCAAGUACUAUAAUGGAUUCUUUGGAUAUGAUCCAGUGAAGAAUCAAUACAAAGUGUUGCGUUUUAUUGAAGGUGCAAGAAUUUGUGAGUAUUCUUGUACGGUUCUAACAUUUCGAGGUGGUCCAAAUAAACAAGAAUGGAGAAAGAUUAAAAUUCAAGCGGAUAUCUCUCCACCGAGAAGUAAUGGUGUGUGCAUCAAUGGGAUCAUCUAUUACCUAGGAGGCACAUUAAUAAGUGGUGUAUUAGUAUUGGGGAGGUUCGACGUCAGGUUUGAGACAUUUGAUCAUAUCCAGAUGCCUAUAGCUGUGGAGAUGAACCAGUUGGAGGAGUUAGGUUUGGUUAAUUACCAAGGGAAACUAGGAUGCACGUUUUACAGCAAAGAUAGGGCAGAGGUGUGGAUCAUGAAAGAUCAUCAUAGUAGCGAGAAAAAUGAAUGGUCUAAGGUUACUAUUGCCAUGUCUCUUCCAGAUACGUUAAAUACUCGUAUAGCUGGUGUUACUCUUAAGGGUGAGAUUGUGAUAAUGCCCAAGACGUUGGAUUCUGCUCAAACGUUGUUAUACGCAUACUUUUACGACCCCAAGGAAAACAAGACUAGAAGAGUUGAGUUUGAAACCAACUUGAAGGGGGAACAAGGACUUUGUAUCUUAAGUGAGCCGGAUCACAUGGAGAAUACUAUGUCGUUGUUCGGGAGCCAAUUUAAUAAGAAGAAGAAGAAGAGAAAGAGGAAUAAGAAGAAGAAGUCAGCAACCACCACUGUUUUCUCCUCUAACAAAAUAUUCAUGUGUCCCAAGACACUCUUAGUGAUAGGUUUUUUAUGUGCUGCUCUCGUUAUGGCAACCAUAGUUCGAACAUGGCUUAUAUCUUUGUUGGACUCGUUCCAUUAG